AGCAUGUGGUAGAGUUUAGUAGUGUGAUACCUGCUGUUAGCAUCCAGCCGGCUAGAGGAGAGGAAUCUGAUCCCAUUUCCGGUUGAGCGACCAGUACUAGUCAGACCUGCCUCCUGUAGACUUCUCAUCGAACGAUACCCAAGAUGCGAUCUCCUCCCCCGUUGCCUGGAGCAUUGAGUAGUUUCUUCGAAGAUAGUGGUUGUCCCGCUUGCCCGACGGAGAGUUGUAUUUUGGUUGUUGUGGAAAGCAUCCUGCUGACUUUCCUGUGUAGCGUGAUGUUGACGGGGAGCCUGUGUAUUUGGCAGAGUAAACGGUAAGUGAGGUUAUACUGUGGUUAUGUGCUGUCCCACCCAAAGUUUGUGUUCGAUUGGUUCAGCCGUCGUCAUUUAUUUAAUUUAGUCAGAUAAAUAACAAAUAAAUAGACACAAUGAAGUUAUAUAUAUAUUGCCUGAGAUAUUAAAAAAUGUAUGCCAUGAUGAGGGAGUUUCCUAGCUUGAUCGCGCGAUGCUGUACAGAUAGUGAGGAUAGAGAAGAGGAGGUGGAGGAUCAAGAGGCUGUGCUGAAAAGGAAUUUAACUAAACUAUUAAAGGAUUUGGAGCAGGGGACAGUGUCUAAAGCUGUUCCAGAGAUAAACGACGCUAUGGAGUCCAACAACGUCUGCCCGUUUAGUCAUGUCGAAGGAGCAGGGGAUAACAGUAAGAAGAAAGAAGAUAUCGUUAAUAAGAAAAGCUCCGUGGAACCUAAUGAUGCGAAACCUCCAAAGAAGGAGGUAGACAUUGUAUCUACAACAACUGUAUCCAUCGAGAAAACCUUUAAAGAUAUCAGAUCUUCUGUCGUUGCCAUUGAGAAACCUACCAAGAAGGAGGUAGACAUUGUACCUACAGCAGUUAUGUCUAACGAGAACACCGUCGAAGAUACCGGAUCUACUCUCGUUGCCACUGAGAAUGAUAUUCCUGCGUUGGAGCAAGUUGUAAAUGAGGAUGGAACUGAAACCAACACAGGAAUGAAUGUCGAGGGGUCACUUAAUUUAAACCCCGUUGUUCAUCCUACUACGGCAGCCGGGAUCAAUCAGUCGAACGGAAUCAAUGCCGAUCUUAGCAACGUUGAAGGUUCCGAUGUCGCAAUUCCUGGACCUUCCACUGUAGGAGACGGCGUUAACCCUAAUGGUACUACUGUUGCACCCGAUUCGGUGGAAACGCUUGUUGAUGGAGCUACCCCUGAUCCCAAGAUUGUAGCAUCUGGCAAAUCCGGUCCCAAAGAUAAGAAGACGGCACAGACUAAGCUGAAUGCAAAUGAGUUGAGGAGAUCACAACGUAACCGUAAUUCAGGAUUGCAUGGUUUUAAUUUGAAAAAUUGGGGGGAAGGAGUAUUUAUUAUUCAUGACCUUAGCUUAGUAAAAGGGGAUCAUUUAUUCAAUUUUCUGUCAAAGGUGUUGAGAAAUGGAAUUAGAAUUUCUUGAAAUUGGGUAUUUCAUUGCAAGGAAAGUCGGACGCAAAUUUUAUUUCUUCGAAAAGUAAAAGCGGUAAAGGAAGGAUUAUAAUCAAAAACAUGGGGGGAAAAUAGUUUACAGAAAGAACUAAUUAAAAACCAUGCAAAUAUUAAGAAUAAAAAUAACAGUUUAAAAUACAAAGAAUAUUGAUUUUGUACCGAUUAUUAUAUUUUUUUUUCCCAAGCAGGUUUGAUUGAUUGAGAAACUUUGUAAAGAAGUUGAAUAAAUUAGUUUUCUAAGGUGUUGAAUUAAAUUUUUU